UAACAGGGCCCUUCAUGCUCACCCCAGCUUCUCUCGUCUGCCACCUGCUGCUCCCUGGCUCCCAGGAAGAUGGCCGGUUCAAGGACCUUCACCCUCCUCUGUGGUUUGCUGGCAGCCACCUUGGUCGGAGCCACCCUCAGUCCUCCUGCAGUGCUCCUCCUCGGCCCAGAAAUCAUCAAAGACAAGCUGGCCCAGAAGCUGAGGGACCACGAUGCUCUCCGCAUCCUCCAGGAGCUGCCUCUGCUCAGCGCCAUACGGGACGAGCCGGCCGGGGGCAUCCCCCUCAUAGGCAGCCUGGUGAACUCUGUCCUGAACCACAUCAUCUGGCUGAAAAUCACCUCAGCCAACAUCCAGGAGCUGCAGGUGCAACCCUCUGCUGACAGCCAGGAGCUGAUCGUCAAUAUCCCACUGGACCUGGUGGCUGGCUUCAACACGCCCCUGGUCAAGAGCAUCGUGGAGAUUCACAUGGAGACAGAGGCCCAGGCCACCAUCCGCGUGGAGAACGGCAAGAAGGGCCUUGCCCUCAGCAGCUGCACCAACAGCGGCAGGAGCCUGCGCAUCAGCCUGCUGAAGAAGAUCUCUUUCAUGGCCAACCCCUUAGCCAACGGUGUCAUGAAACUCCUGGUGCCAGCCCUGCCCAAACUGGUGAAUACCAAGCUGUGCCCGGUGAUCGAGGCGGCCUUUGAAGACAUGCGGGAGGAGCUCCUGCGCCUGGUGAAGGCGCCUGUUGCCAUGAGCAGUGACCAUCUGGAGUUUGACCUUCUGUCCUCUGCCAUCAAUGACAACAUCGUCCGGCUCAACCUGGGGGCCAAGUUGCGGGACUCCCAGGGGAAGGUGACCAGACGGUUCAAUGAGCCCGGGGCUUCCCUGACCAUACCGGCUCUGGACGGCGCCCCGUUCAGCUUCACCGUGAGGCAGGACGUGGUGGACGCUGCAGUAGCUUCCCUUCUCCCUCCGGAGGAACUCAUGGUCCUGCUGGACUACGUGCUUCCUGAGAUGGCCCUCCGGCUGAAGGACAGCAUCAAUCGGAUCAGUGAGAAGGCGGCGGGCCAGCUGAGGCACACGCAGAUCGUGAAGAUCCUGACCCAGGAGCCCCCGGAGCUCCUUCUGGACGAGGGCAGCGCCAAGGUGGCCCAGAUGAUCGUGCUGGAAGUGUUCCCCACCAACGAAGUCCGCCGCCCCUUCUUCACCCUGGGCAUCGAAGCCAACUCGGAAGCUCAGUUUCAUAUCAAAGGCGACCGGCUUAUGCUCAACUUAAAUGAAAUCAGUUCUGAUCGGAUCCACCUGAUGAACUCAGACAUUGAAUUGUUCGACCCUGAGAUUCUGAAAGACAUCGUCAUGGAUCUCCUCGCCGCCAUCUUGCUGCCAAAUGAGAAUGCCAAAUUAAGAUCUGGGAUCCCACUGUCGAUGGUGAAGGGCUUGGGAUUUACCGAAUCUUCAUUGACUCUGACCAAGGACGCCUUUGUGAUCACCCCAGUCACCCCGUAGAACCCUGGACCCCUCUCCUCUCUUCCAAUGAAGACUUGGACAGCGGCCACCUGGGGCAGGCUGGCUCCCAGUGGCAUCCAGCUCCAUAGGUUCCCUCUCUGCAAUAAAUAAAUAGUUGUCUAUGA